AUGGCAAGAAAUAUGAGGACUUCGCUAUCGGACGCAUGUUUUAAGGGCCUGAUGAGGCAGAAAAAGUCCCUUUUUGACCACACAGCUGACUCAAUUUUCCAAAAUUUGAUCAUGUUGAUCAACAAGGACGCGGAUUUCAAAAUGCAGAUCGAGAGCCUCCCGAAACCUCUGCGCGCACAAAUGCUGUCUCGCCUGACCAAACUCAAGUGCAGCAAUCCCCUAGGAGAUUUGAACCAGUUUAACAUCUUGUUAAAAGGGUUUGAAGCGUUGGUGACCCCGAAAACGACCGACAUCGAGUUAGAUGGACUUCUCACCUACUGUCCGGUUGAAUUUAAAAAAGAAAUGCUGACUCAGGUUGUUCGUAAGAUCGUCAACAACGCUCCGGAUUUGGAGAGCCUGAUUCUGAACGAGAGAAGACUGAUGACGGAGAGAGAAAGCAUCAGCUUCUACGCUUGCCUUCAGGAAGAUGCUCUUCGUGAAAUUGGCAAGUUGCGACACCUGAAGAAGCUGGGCAUCAAGUGCUGCGCAAUAGAUCUCUCCGACCUUCUCAGGCUUUGCAAGAAGCUACCCGCUUUGGAGCAUUUGGACGUUUACCUGACAGAGCACAAUUUGGACUACGCGCCUGCAGAUCGAGUGACGUUCAGAGAAAGCUUUGGAAACCUCAAAGUCUUUCUUUUCACUCAAUUCACCUCAGGAGUCUUCCUCACGAAACUCUCCAAAUAUUGCUUGGAGACCCUUCCAAAGUUGGAAAUCGUCCAAAGUCGGGUGAACGGUCAUUGCUUCACAGUGGAGAUGUCCGGGGAUAUAAACAUUCCUUUCGGGUCGUCACCUCUGACACACCUCAGCACUAGACCUCAGGACGAAAAUGUUCAUUUGCGUUUUCCAAACGUGACCCAUCUGAAGGUCAAUCUGGCUGGAGAAGCCUACCCAAAGCCAGCCCUCCUAGAUGCUUUGACGAAAUUUCCCUGCAUCGAGUUUCUGCAUGUGAGGUAUUUUUCGUCCCUCUACGUGCUGGAGAGACUCCUAGACGCGUAUGGUGCCAGCCUGACAAGCCUUGAGCUUUCCGAAUCGUUCUGCACCAUCAAGCUCGGAACCAUUUUCGAGAAAUGCCCAAAGCUAGAAAAACUCUGCUUUGAUGGCGUGAAUGUGGAAGAUGGUGAAGAGCCCAUCCAGAAAUUUUCCAACCUGAGAGAGCUGCGGUAA